AUGGCCUCCGUCACCGGCGUUCCAUCGGAGCAACUCAAAGUCUUCAGUCUUAGGAAAAGAUACGGGGGCUCCCAGACGGUGUUGGUAUCGCUACCGGUCGGACCUUCACGCGAGCUACUCAAUUCCGGGCGGCUCCGCGUUGGCAUGAUUAGCUGUCGAGUCAAGCUCGCUGACCAGAAGCUAAGAUGUUUCCGCUGUUUCUGCCCCGGCCACACAGCGAAGGAGUGUUCCGGCCCGGACAGAACACAAUGCUGCAGACGCUGCGGUGAGACAGGUCACAAGGUAGCUGCCUGCAACGCGAUCGAAACCGCAGUCAGUGCUUUUGCCAGGUCCCUGGCGGCGGAGGCUCCAGCCCGGAAAUGA